GAGAUUGAUAGCGUAAUUUCGGAUGUUGCGCUACUAUAGUGCUACGGAGGAGUAGCCGGAUCAUAUUUACUUGGAUCUAGUCCACACAGCUAUCAAACGCAAAACUAAAAUUGUACUGAUUCAUAUUACGCACAAUUUGUUACUGUAAUGGAUAUUGAAAUUGAAUCAGCUGAUGUGGUACGUCUAAUAGAACAAUAUUUAAAAGAAAGUAAUUUACUACGAACAUUACGUACAGUACAGGAAGAAACAAGAGUAUCAUUGAAUACUGUUGAAUCUAUAGAAAGUUUUGUAUCAGAUAUUAUAAAUGGUCAUUGGGAUAUUGUAUUACAAACUGUACAAUAUUUAAAAUUACCCGAACAAAAAUUAAUGGAUUUAUAUGAACAGAUUAUCAUUGAAUUAAUAGAACUUCGUGAUAUUGGUGCAGCUAGAUCUAUACUUCGACAAACUGAACCAAUGAUUACUAUGAAACGUACACAAUCUGAUCGUUAUACUCAUUUAGAUAAUCUUUUGAAUCGAUCAUAUUUUGAUCCAAGAGAGGCUUAUUUAAAUGGUCAAUCAAAAGAGAAACGUCGUCAAACAUUGGCUAGUUCAUUAUCAGAAGAAGUGAGUGUUGUAGCUCCAUCACGUUUAUUGGCAUUACUUAGCCAAGCGCUUAAAUGGCAACAACAUCAAGGAUUAUUACCACCUGGUACAGCAAUUGAUGUAUUUCGUGGUAAAGCUGCAGUACGUGAACAAGAAGAAGAAAAACCACCUACUAAAUUAUCUACUGUUAUACGAGUAGUCCAAAAGUGUCAUGUUGAAUGUGCCAGAUUUAGUCCAGAUGGUCAAUUCCUAGUGACUGGCUCAGUUGAUGGCUUUAUUGAAGUAUGGAAUUUUACAACUGGGAAGUUAAGAAAAGAUCUAAAAUAUCAAGCUCAGGAUACAUUUAUGAUGAUGGAAGAUAGUGUUCUAUGUUUAACAUUUAGUCGUGAUUCUGAAAUGUUAGCAUCUGGAGCUAAAGAUGGAACAAUCAAAAUUUGGCGUAUUCAAAAUGGUCAAUGUUUGAAACGUUUAGAAAAAGCACAUCAUAAAGGUGUUACAGCUAUACAAUUCUCUAAAGAUAAUACACACUUAUUAUCGGCUAGUCUAGAUCAUAGCAUUCGAAUACAUGGAAUGAAAUCAUGUAAAAUUAUUAAAGAGUUUACUGGUCAUACAGGUGUUGUCAAUUCUGUAGCAUUUUUACCUGAUGGACAUAAUAUAAUAAGUGGAAGUGCUGAUGGUUCUGUACGAAUAUGGUCAAUUCGUUCAGGAGAAUGUACAAAUACAUUUAAGGCAAUAUCUGGUUUAGUUGGUCAUGAAGUAUCAAUUCAUUCAGUUCAUUUAAUGCCUCGUAAUACAGAUCAAUUUGUUGUAGCUAGUCGUUCUAAUACAGUUGCUAUAAUGAAUAUGCAAGGACAGAUUGUUCGAAGUUUUUCUAGUGGUAAACGAGAAGGUGGUGAUUUUCUGGAUUGUACACUUAGUGGUAGAGGUGAAUGGAUAUAUUGUGUAGCUGAAGAUCAUUUGUUGUAUUGUUUCAAUGUUGCUGCUGGUGGUAAAUUAGAACGAACAAUGCGAGUAAGUUUAUAUGAUGAUGCAUUAUAUGUAUAGGAUUGGAAAAGAUAAGGUGAAAAGGUUUGUGCGAAGGGAUACUGGAAUUCACUGCCGGGAGGACGAUAAAUAGUGAAUGGGUCUGUGCGAUUGAAGACCAUUCUGAAUCAUAUCAUCCAAAGUGCCUAGCCACUGAUCACUGUUAUUGCUCUGACUUUAACUAGCUACACGAUGUAGUCCAACAGUCAAUGACUUGCUUCAUCAACUGAUGACAUAUCUUAGUAUGGUUGUCCGUCGCUUCUUUCCAACCUACUCAUACGCUUAAUCUAUGCCGAUAUUUUGUUAGACACCAUCUAAUGAGGCUUAAUAAAACUACUUAAUUGAAUCAGUUGGUCGUUGCGCUUGAACAUUUCAUUCCUUUUCACGUGUUCAAUCAUUGACACAGAAAGUUGUGGAGUGACAUUUUGUAUUUUGAGGUAGUGAAACGGAUCCGGAACAUGCUGAAAUUGCUGUUUAAGUUAAACAUUAGAUUUCAUUUUGUUCGAGUUCUCAUCAAAUAGGAUUAUAUCAUAUAGGUAUCUAAGUCGGCAAGCAAACCUCUUUAUGGGAAAUGAACUUCAGAAUAUUCAAAUAAGGAAAAUAUCUCUAGAGAGGUACAUCAACAACAAAUUUGAAUAAAAAUCCAGAUUGUAUGUAAUCUGGACAAAUAUCACUUUAGGUCGACUUUUUCUUGUAAGCUAUGAAUCUUACAAUAGCUUCUGAGAUGGAAUCCUUCACAAUAUUAAUGUACUUUUUGGUAGUCCUCUGAUUGACAUAUAUUGCCACAGAAUUACAUGGUCAACUGAGUAAAAUACAAGCUUCAGAUCGAAAUAUACCACUAUAUUCUGGAUUUGAUAAUUAUGUCUAUGUUCUAAAAUCUAAUGAAGGAUGAGUUUUUAGUCAGUACAUCAGCCGUCAUAUCUGAAACCAAACUGUAUUCGGAUAUCACUAUGUGAUUCAGUGUGUUAUUUCUUUAUGAUAAAAUAUAUGGCCAAUUAGUUUGUCUCUGUCUUCACUCUUCUGACUUUUGUAUCUGAGUUGAUGUAUUGGAGAUGUUUUCCUUCAGAAGUAAAGCUCAUCAGAGUGCGUGAUCUCACUGUGAUAAAAUAUAAUCAGAGUCCAGAAAGGUUAUCCAGUGUUAGUUACAGUGUUCUGUCGAACCAUUUCAAUGAUAGCUGAUGGCUAUAUGAUAUGUUUGUCCAUCAUACAUCAAUUUUACGAUGUUGUACGGUCAUAGAUUGUGAUGCCUGUUGUCUAAUUUGACACAACUUUCGAACAUUAAAAGCAUGAUUAUGUAGUACGAUAUUCGUUCUCAGGAGGCCUUGGAUGCUAUUUUGUAACAAGAACAAACAAAAUUUGGUGGUGCAGUUGGGGAUUGUUCGUGAACAGGGUGAUCUCUUGUGUUUUUAGAGGUAUAAGGACAUUUAUCGCUUCGCGUUUGAAGGAUACUUCUUCCUGGGGGACUUGAAAAGGUAACGAGUGGUGUCAGAACGUGACAACAGAACCCCUAGUAUAAUUUCUAGAAGCCGGUUGGACCCAGGAUUUUCCUAGUAAGUUUUACAUGAGUUAACUCUGUGCGUUUUAUGCCUUAUAGUUUGAGACUGAAAUCUUUGGGGUAAUUUAGGGUGUAGCACUCAUACAGUUAACUUUUUCUUACCCAUUCUAUUGUCAAAAAGUAGCAUCUUUACCGUUCCUGGUCGUCAUCAAAAAACAAUUUGUGAAGAAUAUCUUGGGCCAUAUUGUUUAUUUAACGUUAGUUUAAGUGGACAAUUAAUAUCAUGUAUUCUUCUUUUAUAGGUUCAUGAAAAGGAAGUGAUAGGUUGUGCACAUCACCCUCAUCAAAACCUUAUUGCUACUUAUUCAGAAGAUGGUUUAGUAAAACUGUGGAAACCAUAAGUAAUGGAAGAUCGUGCUGUUAUAAUGCGAAUUCCAAAUGUAUAUUAUUGUUGUUUCUUUGUAUAAGAUACAUUCAAUAAAUAACUUUUUUAAUUUGC